GGGAGGGGUAUGGGGGACGGGGGUGGGGGGGUGGUGUCCGUCUGGGAUUCCUUGCCCGGGACUUGGGAGUCCACGAGCGUCCCACUGUCUCUGUGUGCGGCUGUUUGCUGGUGGGCUGAACGUGCACGCACUUGCGAGCGCGGGGGUCCCUCCCAGAAGUGUGUCUGUGCGAAUGAUUCUGCCCUGUGUAAACAGGGCUGUGCGCUCGUGUACGCUGUGUAUGCAAGGCUGCGUGCGCUCAGAUGGGACCCAGGUGAGCCCGGGUGCCCACUGCCCCAGUCCCCUGGCACAGGCCGCCUCAGGCCCCCAGCGGACACGCCAGGCCCUCAGCCCCAGCCCAUGGACCUGCGGGUGGGCCAGCGGCCCCCGGUGGAGCCCCCGCCAGAGCCGGCGCUGCUGGCCCUGCAGCACCCCCAGCACCUGCACCACCACCUGCUGUUCGCAGCAGGCCUGCCUCAGCGCUCAGCGGAACCCAUGAGGCUCCCAAUGGACACGCCGGUGCCCCAGUUGCAGGUGGGGCAGCAGGAGCAAGAGCUGCGACAGCUUCUCAAUAAGGACAAGAGCAAGCGAAGUGCCGUAGCUAGCAGUGUGGUCAAGCAGAAGCUGGCGGAGGUGAUUCUAAAGAAGCAGCAGGCAGCCCUAGAGAGAACAGUCCAUCCCAAUAGCCCCAGCAUUCCCUACAGAACUCUCGAGCCCUUGGAGACGGAAGGAGCUGCUCGCUCUAUGCUUAGCAGCUUUCUGCCUCCGGUUCCCAGCCUGCCCAGUGACCCCCCAGAACACUUCCCUCUCCGAAAGACAGUCUCUGAGCCCAACCUGAAGCUGCGCUACAAGCCCAAGAAGUCCCUGGAGAGGAGGAAGAAUCCACUGCUCAGAAAGGAGAGCGCCCCGCCCAGUCUCCGGCGGCGGCCUGCAGAGACCCUCGGUGACUCCUCCCCCAGUAGCAGCAGCACACCAGCAUCAGGGUGCAGCUCCCCCAAUGACAGCGAGCAAGGCCCCAACCCCGUCCUGGGCUCGGAGGCGCUCUUGGGCCAGCGGCUGCGGCUGCAGGAGACCUCUCUGGCCCCGUUCGCCUUGCCGACAGUGUCCUUGCUGCCCGCAAUCACGCUGGGGCUCCCCGCCCCUGCCAGGGCUGAUGCUGACCGCAGGACCCAUCCGACACUGGGCCCUCGGGGGCCGGUCCUGGGGAGCCCCCAUGCUCCCCUCUUCCUGCCCCACAGCCUGGAGUCUGAGUCUGGGGGCCCCUUGUCCUCUCGACUACAGCCCAUUCUCCUCCUCGAUCCCUCAGUCUCUCACGCGCCCCUGCUGACUGUGCCCGGGCUUGGGCCCCUGCCCUUCCACUUUGCCCAGUCCUUACUGACCACCGAGCGGCUCUCUGGGUCAGGCCUCCACCGGCCACUAAGCCGGACCCGCUCAGAGCCCCUGCCCCCAAGCGCCACCGCCCCCCCACCGCUGGGCCCCCUGCAGCCCCGCCUGGACCGGCUCAAACCUCACGUCCAGCUGAUCAAGAGGCCAGCCAAGCCAAGUGAGAAGCCCCGACUGCGGCAGAUCCCCUCAGCUGAGGACCUGGAGACAGAUGGUGGGGGAGUGGGGCCGGUGGGGGAUGACGGCCUGGAGCACAGGGAGUCAAGCCAUGGGCAGCACGAAGCCAGAGGCCCUAUUCCUCUCCAGCAGCACCAGCAGGUGUUCCUCUGGGAGCAGCAGCGACUGGCUGGGCGGCUCCCACGGGGAGGAACUGGGGACUCUGUGCUGCUUUCCCUGGCCCAGGGCAGUCACCGGCCCCUGUCCAGGGCUCAGUCAUCCCCAGCUGCGCCUGCCUCACUGCCAACCCCAGAGCCUGCCAGCCAGGCCCGUGUCCUGCCCAGCUCAGAGACCUCUGCCAGGACCCUGCCGUUCACCACAGGGCUGGUGUACGACUCGGUGAUGCUGAAACACCAGUGCUCCUGCGGGGACAACAGCAGGCACCCGGAGCACGCGGGCCGUAUCCAGAGCAUCUGGUCCCGGCUGCAGGAGCGGGGGCUCCGGAGCCAGUGUGAGUGUCUCCGGGGCCGGAAGGCCUCCCUGGAGGAGCUGCAGUCAGUGCACUCCGAGCGGCACGUGCUCCUCUAUGGCACCAACCCGCUCAGCCGCCUCAAACUGGACAACGGGAAGCUGGCAGGGCUCCUGGCACAGCGGAUGUUUGUGAUGCUGCCCUGUGGUGGGGUAGGGGUGGAUACCGAUACCAUCUGGAAUGAGCUGCACUCUUCCAAUGCGGCCCGCUGGGCAGCCGGCAGCGUCACUGACCUUGCCUUCAAAGUCGCUUCCCGUGAGCUAAAGAAUGGUUUUGCUGUGGUUCGGCCCCCAGGACACCAUGCGGACCAUUCCACAGCCAUGGGCUUCUGCUUCUUCAACUCUGUGGCCAUUGCCUGCCGGCAGCUUCAACAACAGGGCAAGGCUGGCAAGAUCCUCAUCAUGGACUGGGAUGUUCACCAUGGCAAUGGCACCCAGCAAACCUUCUACCAGGACCCCAGUGUGCUCUACAUCUCCCUGCAUCGCCAUGAUGAUGGCAACUUCUUCCCCGGCAGUGGGGCCGUGGAUGAGGUGGGAGCUGGCAGCGGUGAGGGCUUCAAUGUCAACGUGGCCUGGGCAGGAGGUCUAGACCCCCCUAUGGGGGAUCCUGAGUACCUGGCUGCCUUCAGGAUGGUUGUGAUGCCCAUUGCCCGAGAGUUCUCUCCGGACCUGGUUCUGGUGUCAGCUGGGUUUGAUGCUGCCGAGGGUCACCCAGCCCCGCUGGGUGGCUACCAUGUUUCCGCUAAAUGUUUUGGGUACAUGACCCAGCAGCUGAUGAGCUUGGCGGGAGGUGCAGUGGUGCUGGCCUUGGAAGGCGGCCAUGACCUCACAGCCAUCUGUGACGCUUCUGAGGCCUGUGUGGCUGCUCUUCUGGGAAACAAGGUGGAUCCUCUCUCAGAAGAAGGCUGGAAGCAGAAGCCCAACCUCAACGCCAUCCGCUCUUUGGAAGCCGUGAUCCAGGUGCACAGUAAAUACUGGGGCUGCAUGCAGCGCCUGGCCUCCUGUCCAGACUCCUGGGUGCCCAGGGUGCCAGGGGCCGACACAGAAGAAGUGGAGGCAGUGACCGCACUGGCAUCCCUCUCCGUGGGCAUCCUGGCUGAAGAGCGGCCCUCACAACAGCUGGUGGAGGAGGAAGAACCUAUGAAUCUCUAAGGCUUAGAACGGAUCUGCCUGCCCACCCUGCCCUUCGGACCUGGUUCUCUUCUAACCUCUGGCCAUAGUACCCAUUCCCGGAGUCUUCAGAGAGCCUUUGGGCAGGUAGUUGGGGCCAGAGAACGGCCCCUUGACAGUCACCCCAAGGAGCCUGAGAAGGGCCCUGGGUCUAGGAUAGGGACCAGAGAGGACCCCGAGAAGAGGCAGGCUGGGCAGUCGGCCAGCCCUUGGUAGGGCUCUCUCAAGAACAGAGUCUACCCCUUUGGGGUGCAGGCCCCUGGCUGGGCCCCCCUUCCUCAGGACUGCACAGAGGAGGACUGGCUCAGUCAGGCUCACUGAUAACCACUAUUCUUGGCUCUGUAGACCCUGGGCUUUGCACACAGCCCCAGGCUCCACACAGAAAUGUGAACUUGGCCUCAACCAGGGUGGCCCUUCUGAGGCUCUGAGGGCUGGGCCAGAGGGGGGGGGAGAAGGGGAUGGGUAGGAGGAGCCAGGGGGUCCCCUAUACCUGAGUGCAGGGGGAAUCCCUCUUGCCUGCUUCUUCAGAUGACUCUGGAAGCUUCCUCCCCCCUCCCCCCGCCACUGGGCAGGGAGACAAAGCUCCUUCCAAGAGAGCGAGCAGUCCUUGGCAGGCCUCCCAUCUGGUCCCUGCCCCUGCCAGAGGCCACCCUACGUCCGCCAUCUCAGUGCCCUGGUGGAGCAGACAGGUGCUCUUGGAGUUCUGUGCUUCCUGAGCCAAUGGUGCCAAACUCUUCAUCUCCCCUCAGUAGCACAGCAUGACCACCAGGGACCCCUUGGUCACUGCCCUCCUCCAUGAGACUUCUCUCUUUCUGGGGUCUCCCUCACCCAGCUCUGACUCCUGCCCUCCAUAGGACCAGCUCGGCUGAGGGGAAAGGGGGUGGGAGAGUGGAUGCAAGACAUGGGGGAGGGGAGGCUGCCCUGGCCAAGUCUUCAAGGCUUCUGGGGUCCAGGCCUGGGGCCAAGAAGGAAAGUAUUUGUGUGCUAGAGAGAGUGAGAGUAUGUGUGUGUGUGUGCGUGUGUGUGUGCGCGUGUGUGCACGCGCGCGUAUGUGUGUGUCUUCCCGAGAACCACCACCCCCUGUGUAUGUAUGCAUGUUUUUGUAAAAAAGAAAAAAAAAGAAAAGAAAAAAAUGGAAAAAAAAUCUGAAUAAAUGUUUUAUUUGCUUUAAAGGUGCCUGUGGAAGGGCCUCCUGGGGGUGAGGGGGGCACAGCGAGCAUAGUAUGGCUGCACGGCACAGUGUGCGUCUCAUUUGGUGUGGCAGAGGGACCAGGGUCAGGCUGCGGGCCGGCACGCCUCCAGCUCCUUGCCCCUCUGUGACAGCUCCCUUGCAGGAAAAAUCCAUGCUGAACGCACCCUAGCGGCCCCCACCUGCCCAUGGUGGGGUAAUAAAGAGGCAGCGGCUUUGGUCUGGGUCCGUACACACAAGGCCCACCGAGAGUGUGAGGUACAGAUACACAGACCCAGCUCACUAACACGUCCGCAGAGAGUGGCGAAUCAGACCUACCUGGGUUCAAGUCCCAGCUGGGGGCUCAGGUAAGUCAUGUCACCUCCUGGGGCCUCUGGUUAUCAGUUAAAGGCUCCAGAAAUAGACGCUGUUUAUGGUCCCUUCCUGCUCGGAUGUACCAUCCCUUCUUAACAUAUACCGAGCUUGGAAGAGACCAUGCGUGAGGCAACAGGCUGGGACAAGCUCAUCCAGUCACCAGAGGGAAAGGUGCCAGGCUGCCGACGCCCAUCUUUAUAUAGUUCUGAGCCAGCCAGGUUCCUCCAGGCGGCAGGAGUAGCAGCCGCAUCACCUCAGACCUGGCCCCGAGCCCUCAGCCUGGGAGAAUAUGAAGGGAAGCAGGUUCACCCCCUUCCUGUCUGUCCUGGCCUCUGGGGGGACAAGGCACUACCUCCCGCUGGUGGUGCCGAAGCCGUGCCUCUGGGCAUCCUCGCCCCGGCUGGGAUGGGUUGAGAGCCAAGCCGCUGGGCUCCCCCAUGCCAAGAGGGGCCAGAGGGAGAGGGCCUCCAGCCCCUGAGACACAGAUCUCCCCUCUACCCUCCAGGGCACAACUUGAGCUAAGGAGACCGUUUAACUAGAGACCCUCCACCAGCGCCCUUCCUGCCUACCGCUCCCACGGCACCUCCCCCGCUCCCCGCAAGAUUCCCACCCCACAAGGAACCACCAGAGGCUAUCUGAUACAAAUGGCUGCUGUAUUUCUGCUAAAGUGACAGUGACACAGAUAAGGCAAAGAGCUGAAGGGCAGGACACAUCAGGUGGGGAGAGGGUAGACCGUGCAACAUGGCAGCCUAACAUAAAAAAGAUCUAUGUAACAAUAGCUCCUUCCCUCCCGAGUUAGGUGAGCCCUUGUGCCAGUGUAUAGGCAGAAAAGCAGAUGUCCUUCAGAAAGGAGAUUAAAAAAGACAAAAGCUCUAGGUGAAGGGCAGUGGGCGGGGGCAGGGUCGGUGGGGUGUCUCGUAGCUAGGGAUAAUGUAUGUGAGAAGGGAUGGAAAUGUAGGGCUGGAGGUGCCCGGCCACGGAGCUGAGGGGUUCCUUCCAGCCCGCACCAUGCUGCCCCCUUCCCCAAAGCCCUUCUGGGGGCAGGGCACCUUUCCCAGACACUUCGUCUGGCCUCAUUCAGGGAGUCCUGCUUGGGGAGGGUGGUAUGUGUAAAAGAGAGGGCUUGGGUAUGGCGAAGAUGACUGGUUCUAGCACACUCAUGGGAGACCGGCUCUGGGGUGAUGAGGGACACUAAACUCUCAGGUCCCCAGGCCUUGGGAAAAGAGAGUCAAGUAUUGCCAUCCCUGGGAUUGAGGAGUUAAGCUACCUGACUCUCAAGGACAACAGGAUGGGGUGUUGGGGCUGGGGCCUGAGAGGCCUCUACUAGAGAUCCCUUACUUGGCCUGACCUCCCAGGUUCCCAGCCUGGCCUGAGGGAGAGUGCCCCCAGGCAUAGGUCACGGCUCACUGCCCUACCCCUUGACUCAUUGCCCUGGCCCUCCUUGCGAAGAUUCCUCACUGAGCGCUAAGAAAAUAGAUCCAUUUGGAAAGGUCUAAAGCUGCCCUCCAGCCAGGCUGAGGAGGAGCAACUUGGCAGGAAGGACCCCUUUCCGCUGCACCCGGAUCUCCCCCACAACGGGAGCAGGACAUCUUCCGGGGAGACCGCAGUCCUCUUGCUGUGUAUCUUCUGCCACAGAUCUAGGGUUUCCAGGGGGGUGUGGCAGGCCUGUCUGGUGUCUCAGAGGCUGAGUCCAGGUCCUGAGGACCUUCGGGGUCCAGAAACCUCACCCCUCGGGUCAGAAGUCGCUGAGGAUGCUGAUGUCGGCGAAGUCAGCCCGGUAGCGGUGGGCAUAAAGGCUGAGCAGGAAGGCCCACUUGAAGGAGAUGAAGCUCCAGACGCAGGAGAGGUAGUAGCUGUUGGGGUCUGUGAGGCCUGCAGGGGACAGGAACCCAACCGCGACUUGAGAGGGCCUUGCCCUGGACCCCAGCCACCAUGCCGCCAGCCCGGGGCCACCCCUCCCCACAAACUCCAGUAGAGAUGGAGUGCGAUACCUGUUUUAAAGUAUUCAGGGUUUGCAGGCAGGAGGCAGUGGGGAUGAGGGAAGGUCAGGACUGGCCAAACACAGGUCUGUGUCCUGUACUGGGCCUUCCUGCAUUUACCCUGCACGGCUUCCAACCUGCUUGAGCAUUAGACUCCUUAGGGGCAGGAAGGGCCUUUGUCUGCUUGCUGGCCGCCGCCACCAGGGGGCGCUCCCACCCCAGAGCUGGGCGGAAGGACUGACCCGUUCUGCUAAUAACAACCGUCACUGCGGACCUCCAGCGCGCACACCCCCGCUCAACGCUUCGCACGCAGUUCACUGAACCCUGCCACCCCUAGCGCCAGCACCAGGAAGGUGCAGAGGGUGGCGAUGGAGACUGCCGAGAAGAGGACGCCCACGAAGAAGAAGCCACGCAGCCCUUUGAGCCAGGUCCUCCAGUAAUCCUGCAUGUACAUCACGUGCGUCACCAGCACCCACAGCGCCAGCACACCUGCGGGGGACAGACUCGUCAGCCCAGGGAGCGAACCACCGUUCCCCGCGCCCCCCCCCCCAGGCCUUCAGCCCCGGGGACCCCGGGGACCCCAGGGCCCUUUCUGUCCCAGAGGCCAGAGCUGUUUACAUAAUACUACUAAGAUAAUGUUGGCCUUUCACUGUCUCGUGACUGCGGAGUGGAGUGUUCUGGAGGCUCCAAGGCCCCUGGCCAGGACUUGAAUGCAAAAGCAGAUUAAGAGAAUCUAGGUGCCUUCUGUUAAGCCAGAUGUUGAAGUGAUGUGCAAAAAUAGGGAACCAUGCCAUUCUUCUCCCUAAUUUUUUUGUUUUGAAAAACAUGAAUAUUUCUUACACAAAAAUGUUA